GGCAUGCCCCAAACAUUGAGCUCUACCAGCAUGUUUACUCCCUGUGGCUUCAGCCCUCAUCAUCUCCAUCCAUCCAAAGAAGAUGGUGAAGGAGGACUGAUCUUUCAAGAUGGAAACCUUACUUCAGCAUCUCUUGAUGCUUUAAUCCAACAUCUUAUACCUACAGCUGACUACUACCCUGAGAAAGCCUACAUCUUUACAUUCCUGCUGAGCUCAAGACUCUUCAUUGAGCCUCAUGAACUUCUGUCCAGAGUUUGCCACAAGUGCAUCGAGCAGCAACAGCUCGAUGACCCAGUGCUGGAUAAGGCACGAAUCAGAAAAUUUGGGCCCAAAAUUCUUCAAUUAUUGACAGAAUGGACAGAAACAUUUCCAUAUGAUUUCCAGGAAGAAAAGAUGAUUGGUUGUUUGAAAGACAUUAUCCACAGGAUAGCUCCAUGUGAUGAAGCCUACUGGAAAAAGAUGAAUCAACUCCUGCAGACUCUGAAUCAGAAACUUGCGACUCUCAACCAUGGCCAGGAAGGGAUCGUCAAGAUCAAUGCUACCGUGUCAGACAAGGUGGUUGCUUUUAAAAGUAAACCUCCAUCAAUUCAGAGAGAAAUGUUGAGUGUCUGCAGUGAUCCCUAUACUUUGGCCCAACAGCUAACGCAUGUUGAACUGGAAAGACUGAGUCACAUUGGCCCUGAAGAAUUUGUUCAGGCAUUUGUCCAUAAAGAUCCUUUGGAAAGCACAAAGCCUUGCUUCAGUGAACAGAAGAAGACUAGUAACCUUGAGGCCUAUGUAAAAUGGUUCAAUAGACUCUGCUAUCUUGUUGCAACAGAAAUUUGCAUGCCUGCAAAAAAGAAGCAGAGGGCACAAGUCAUUGAGUUCUUUAUUGAUGUUGCUCGCGAGUGCUUUAACAUAGGGAAUUUUAACUCGCUGAUGGCAAUCAUAUCUGGUAUGAACAUGAGUCCAGUAUCCAGGUUAAAGAAGACCUGGUCAAAAGUGAAAACAGCCAAAUUUUUUAUUCUUGAGCAUCAAAUGGACCCUACUGGUAAUUUUUAUAACUACAGAACUGCAUUGCGGGGAGCUGCCCACCGGUCCCUGACAGCACACAGUAACAGGGAAAAGAUUGUGAUCCCCUUCUUCAGCCUACUGAUCAAAGACAUUUACUUUUUAAAUGAAGGAUGUGCUAACCGUCUUCCAAAUGGACAUGUCAACUUUGAAAAAUUUCUGGAACUAGCUAAACAAGUUGGAGAAUUUAUAACAUGGAAGCAAGUAGAAUGUCCCUUUGAACGAGAUGAUAACAUCAUCCACUAUUUACAUACUGCACCUAUCUUUACUGAAGACGGUUUGUAUCUGGCAUCCUAUGAAAGUGAAAGUCCAGAAAAUCAAACUGAAAAAGAGAGGUGGAAAACCUUGAGGUCAACUAUCUUAGGAAAGACUUGAAGAAAAAGAUCUAUAACUGCAGUAGGAUAAAAUAAAUCAGCAAAACCACUUUGCACUAUUGGUUCCAAAGAUGCCUAUUUGGGAUUUAGGAGAUUUUAUUCUUUAUUUUUGCGUGCAUUUUUGGACUCUUAAAUGUGGUUAACUGGGUUCAUCCACAAGACUAAAGAAGUGUGUCUUUCUACUGCACACACCGUCAUGUUUUCCAGCUAUUCUCUACAGCAAAAGCUGAAUAGGUGGCUUGCUGUAACAGAACUAAGUCCUUAUCACUGAAUAACCUUGUCUCUCUGAAGGAAGAGCAAAAGGCAAGGAGUGCCACGGUGCUGCAUACUUGCAACAGUCUCCAUUGGAAAGGUACAGGGUGUGUAUCUCAGAAGCAGGGUGUAUUGGACAAUAACUCUCCGAGGGCUGUCAAAACUGAAUUCUGAUGAACAUAGCUUUACAUGCUACAUGAGAAAGAAUCUUGUUUUCCCUCCACAGUCUUCACCUUCAGUGAACAAUAUUCUGAGAACAGAACAUUAAAAACUAAUGCAAGACUGUAUCAGUAUGGAAAAUCCAGGAAAAGCCUACACAUUUUUUAAAAAAAUGUAGAAACAUUGCAGCUGCAAAUAUUCAUUAUUUCUCCUUCUGUUUGGAUGUGAAUCAUAUUUCCUUCAGUAAUAGUCUAGUCAGCUCCUACGCUGUUCUAAUGGAGUAUGUGGCUUUCAGUUUGACUUACCUCUUUAUACAGCACAUAGCAUAUCCUCUAGCUCUGUUAAUGGUUGAGAGUAUCAUCUUCCGGGCCUUAUCUCAUUGAUAGUUAAUGGAAGAUGAACCUAUUAAGGGCUCUUAAGAUAUUUUCCCCCUUUACCUAUUCAUUGAAUCUUUCUGGCCAAGGCAAAGAACAUUAGAAAAGGGGAAUUACUUGACAUUAGGGCCCUUAUUUGCAGUGCAUUCAGGAGGACACUUUUUACUCUUAUGAAAUAUUGCACUAUGCCUCAAGACACAAAGAACUGUCAACAUGCAGUUUGUAAGAUGGGUUUCUUGUUUUACAAUUCCCCCUGUUUGUGUAUGAAGUGUCGUGUGGUCACUGCAUUCCGUCUGAGGGAACAGUAAGCCAUCUGUCACAUCUGUUAAGAUUAUUGAUGGCAAUCAGGGAGCUGCUGUGUAAUACAGACAUCAAGUAAUAAUUGCUUAAUUGUACUUUCAUAUGAUACAGAUGUAACACUGGGAUUGUCCUAUUUUAAAGUUACAGAUUAUUACAGAGUGGAAGCCAAAUGAAAAGCUCCCACUGCUAACUAUAUAGAACUGGGGUAAGAUGUGCAAAUAUUUGUUUUCAUAAUUAGAGUUUUGUUGUGUAACAAAAGAUUACAUCACAGUGGACUUGGCAUCACAUGUAAAACAAUAAGUGAUGCUCAUAUCUAUGAUUUAACAAAAUUUCUUGAUUCUUCCCUCUACAAAAACGCCUAGAAAGAAAUACAAAUCUGGCAAGCUGGACACUGUGUAACACUCUCUCUGUGAUAUGUUACUUCUCACAUGCAGUGGCUGUUAGGAACAAUCCAGAGGAUAACCUUUAACAUCCAAUAUAUAAAAGAUUUUAGCACAGUGAUCAAACCUUGAACUGGUACCUUUGUUGAACAAUAAAGCAGUAAUUUGACAGUGGGAUGUGUUUAAAUAGUAAUUUAGCCAGACUGUUGACUUCUGAGUGUAAUCACAGUGACAUCUCCUAAGACUUUCCAUGGGGCUGCUCAGAAGCUAACACCGGUGCUUUCUUUGAAUGAGGCCCUCCUUAGCCUCUAGGAUGCAACUGGAUCAUUGUAUCUACUGGGACCUGUAUUGACAACCUACUUAAGAUUGUCAUAUUCUUUCUAUAUAUAGUAACACCUUGUA